AGGACCGAAGACCUCGAAGGCCAAGAGCUUCAGAGAGAAAGCUGGUGUGCCCGCCUCUGGCUUCCCUGCGCCCAGCUCAGCCCGGAGCCUCCCAGCUCAGCACCGGGCGAUGGCCCGGGGGCGGGGCGCGGCCCUCUCGGGUGCUCAGGGAUAACAGGGAUCCUGGCCCCAGAGGUGUCAGCUUAGACCCAGCUUGCUCAGAGACAGCACCUGGAGCCUCAACUCUCUCCUCGCCCGCCUGCCUGCCCGGACUCAGCCACAGGUGCCUGAAAGGCAGGGUUGCUGGGGCCAUUUGGGCUUCAGGGGAGUUUGAACCAAACCCUGGCCCAGUAGGAUGCCGUGUCCCCCCCUGCAAAGCAGGAACAGGUUGCCACAGCUGCCCACUCCAGAGUUGGGCGAGAUGGAACUGACUUGGCAAGAGAUCAUGUCCAUCACUGAACUGCAGGGUCUAAAUGCUCCUAGUGAGCCAUCGUUUGAGCCCCAAGCCCCAGCCCCAUUCCCUGGACCCCUGCCUCCUCCAUCUUACUGCCCCUGCACCAUCCACCAGGAUGCUGGCUUCUCCCUUCCUCCACCACCUUACGAGCUCCCAGCAUCUACAUCCCAUGUCCCGCAGCCCUACUCCUAUGGCAACAUGGCUGGUCCAGUCUCCAAGCCUCUGACCCUCUCAGGCAUGCUCAAUGAGCCACUGUCAGACCCCUUAGCCCUCCUGGACGUUGGGUUGCCAGUGGGCCCCCCCAAGCCCCUAGAAGAUCCAGAAUCCGACUCGGGAUUAUCCCUCAACUACAGCGAUGCCGAAUCUCUUGAGCUGGAGGGGACAGAGGCUGGCCGUCGGCGCAGCGAGUAUGUGGAAAUGUACCCGGUGGAGUACCCCUACUCACUCAUGCCCAAUUCCUUGGCGCAUCCCAGCUACACCUUGCCACCCAAUGAGGCCCCUUUGGCCCUAGAGCCCUCCUCGGGUCCUGUGCGGGCAAAGCCAACUGCACGCGGGGAGGCCGGGAGCCGGGAUGAGCGCCGGGCUCUGGCUAUGAAGAUCCCCUUCCCUACGGACAAGAUUGUCAACUUGCCAGUAGAUGACUUUAAUGAGCUGUUGGCGCGCUAUCCGCUAACGGAGAGCCAGCUGGCAUUGGUCCGGGAUAUACGCCGAAGGGGCAAGAAUAAGGUGGCCGCCCAGAACUGUCGCAAGAGAAAGCUGGAGACCAUUGUGCAGUUGGAGAGGGAGCUGCAGAGGCUGGGCAGCGAAAGAGAGCGGCUUCUUAGGGCCAGAGGGGAGGCCGACCGGACCCUGGAGCUCAUGCGCCAACAGCUGGCUGAGCUAUACCAGGACAUUUUCCAGCACCUGCGGGAUGAGUCAGGCAACAGCUACUCCCCUGAAGAGUAUGUACUGCAGCAUGAUGCCGACGGAGCAGUCUUCCUGAUGCCCCGGGGGACUAAGGCCGAGGCCACAGACUGAGGUGGCCCAGGGUGAUUUCCUUUGUGGUUUUCUGAUAAAGGUGCUCCCUGACUCUGGGACCCAGAGUAGACUUCUCUAGGUCCAAUGAGGACAACCACGGGAGCCCCACUGGUGCUCCAGAGUGUGUUCACUGAGGCUUGCCUUGUGGAAGGGUUGGGAUGGGGACUCUUUCCCUCAUUUGCCUUCCCAAGCCACCACCUCCUGUUUAAACUUUGGUCUAUAAAGCUCUCUGCACAAACA